GCUCGAGGCUGUGAGGCGAAGCUCAGCGCGGCGGCCUCUCCGCCGGCAUGGCCCGGAACACGCUCUCCUCGCGCUUCCGCCGCUUGGACAUCGACGAGUACGACGAGAACAAGUUCGUGGAGGAGCCGGACGAGGCGGCGGCGGCGGCCGAGCCGGACCCGGUUCCCGAGGUGGAGGCGCUGCUGAGGCAAGGUGAUAUGCUCCAAGCUUUCCACACAGCCUUAAGAAAUUCUCCCUUGAACACGAAGAACCAAGCAAUAAAGGAACGGGCCCAGGGAGUGGUGCUUAAGGUCCUGACAUCCUUUAAAAGCAGUGAGAUAGAACAGGCAGUAAACUCGUUAGACAGAAAUGGUAUUGACUUGUUAAUGAAGUACGUUUAUAAAGGAUUUGAAAAGCCAACAGAAAAUAGCAGUGCAAUAUUACUUCAAUGGCAUGAAAAGGCACUAGCGGUAGGUGGACUAGGUUCCAUAGUAAGAGUUCUUACAGCAAGAAAGACUGUUUAAAAGACUAUUACCUUGAACCAAGAUGAACAGUUUUGGACUCAGAAGAAAGAAUUAGCUGAAGUGACACUGGUCCAUCUUUCUAGACAUUGCAAUCUACUGAAACUUUGGAAACCUCUUGAAUGCUUCUAAUUGUAAAGGUUGGGGGAAAGAGUAAAUAUUCCUGUGUUUUCUGACUAUCAAAUAUAGGAGCUGAGACAUUCUGAUCCCUUGUUUAAAGGUAAAGCAGAAGGCAGAAAUUCUGCUCUCAUUACUGUAAGGGGAGAGGUAAUUAAAUCGUGUGUGUAUUGCUUAUUUAAAAGAAGAGGUGCUGUGGCUUCAGUAGACACAAUUGACUGGUUUCUGGGUGGGGGGGGAAUGUUUAUUUGAAAGGGGACUUUGUACAUACAAUCACAGGACUAGCUGGACUACUGGUUUGGUUUCAUUGUAAAGUGCCUGCUGCAUCAAUAAAGCUCUUGGACUGUAAGAGUCAAAUAACUUAAUUUUACAAUUUAGAUAAACUGCCCUUGAUUCAAAGGCAAAUUGGUACUGAAAUAGUCCUGGUGUAGGAUCCCACCUCCACAUAGUAUUGUGCUCUUGUUUACAUCUACACCACCUUGACUGUCUCUAAAGGACAUGCUUUAAAGUAGGGCACUUUUUCUUAAAUGGAUGGAAUGAGCACCUCUAACUGCACCUUUGCCUCACUCUGUGUUUACUUGAAUGUUUUCUUUCUAGCCCUGAUUUAAUUUGUAUGUAUAAACAGAGGAUUAAGUUAAGUGCCAAAUAUAAUAUAUGGUGUUGUUAAGGGUAUCGAAGGGAGGGCUCCGUUUCUCUUCAUGUCAGCUGAGCAAGGAACUACUUCAAAGCUUCAUGUGUAACUAAUGCUGUUAUGGAAAAUGCGUCCUUGCCUUUUAUGCAGUUAAGUACAGUGAGUGCUUGCUCAUCGUCUGAAUAGGAGCUCUCUGAUAUGUUAAUCUUUAAACAGAAGUACAUUCACCCCCUUUGAAGUGGACCUUUUCUGAAUAGUGUCCUGCUAAUAAACGAUCAGCACAUAUU